GAAUUCCCCGGCAACUGUCGCCAAACGUUGACUCCCAAACAAAUGAAUUUGUGUAUUUCAUCUUAUUUUAUCUCAAGUGACAAUGAGAGAUCAUAAAUGUGAUUAUAAACACGCUCGAAGCAGCCGAUACUGGACUAUUUAGUGGUGAAUUAUUCGGGAAUGCCACGUCGAAAAUCAACAACACUCUGCGAAACAACGUCGCCUAUGAAACGUACUGCAGAUGAGGAAGGUAAUCAUGAGAGCAACAAGAAGAGAAAGAAUUCAGAAUCGUGCGAUUCCCAAGAGAUAUCGCCAGUCUCUUCAAGACCAGCAAACAUCUCAACAGAGACAGGCACGAGGGCAAGCAGUUCUGACAAGAAAGAGAAUGAUAGCUGCGAGCUUCUGCCAGACGUGUUGACAAUUGAGGAGAUUGAGACUGUUGAAAUCCACGAGGAUAUUCCAGCGACAUCUGUCUGUGAGGAGGGAAACGAUGAGGUGGUUGUUGCAGCCGAAGAUGUUGUCGAGGAGACCAGUGAUGAUGCUGGCGGUUCUCUGUCAGAAAGGAGGAACUUGUCCCUGGAAGCGCUGUUCCAGGUCACUGAUUCUGAGUUACAGAACAUGUCUCGAGAGACCCACGUCAUUUCCGGUCCGUCGCAGCUUGGAGGAGAGGUUAUUGUUCUCGGUCAGCUCAAGAGUAUCGUCGCGCCCGAAAAGACAAAGCAAGCCGUUAUUGGCGAUAGUACAUUCACGAUUGCCGAAAACUUGAUGGCCGAUUCGCAGCAGUGUCGAAUGGACAACAUGAAACUGGUCUGCAGCCAGCCGGCGUCGGAAGAGUUUGAUGGCAAUCAGGAGGUGACAUAUCAGAUCAUUAGUUCCUCCACACCGACGGUGAUAAAUGUCACUAGAGUGUUUGCCACGGGGAGGAAGCGGAAGCACCCACAGAAACCAGGUCGCCACAUCUGUCCUUUCUGUGGGCGUGGAUGUGCCAAGCCGAGCGUGUUGCAGAAACAUCUGCGAGCCCACACAGGAGAGAGACCUUUUCCUUGUGUUCCCUGUGGGUUCUCGUUCAAGACGAAGAGCAACCUCUACAAACACUGCAAGUCGAGAUCUCACGCCAUCAAGGCCGGGUCGAAGGAUGCAGGUAAUACAGGGAAAGAGAAAGAUUCCACUCCGGACGAGAAGCCUGGUGUGGAGGAGGCUGAAGAAGCUGCAGAGGAAGAGGAGGAGUAUGAAGAAGAGGAGGUUGGUGAUGAUGGAAGUGAUGCGUCUGGCGGAGAACCGCAGAACAGAGAGGUUGAAGAGGAGGAGGAGGUUGUGCAGCAGGAGGUGAGCGUCGUCGUCCAUGACGAGAAAGUGAAGCAGGAGUCAAUUCUGGAGAACAUCCGUCAGAAGAUCGACCGCAACAAGCUGAUGGAGUGGAGCAAGAAGGUGGAGAAGCAGCAGAAACAGCAGAACGAUGCCCUGCUGCAGGCCCACUCCCAGUUCCCCGUUAGGAUCGCCCCGAAAAGCGAGGCGGCACAGCUGAUGGAAGUGGGUGAGUCUUCGAUCACAGAAAUGGAGGAUGUUGCAGCAGAAGAUGAGGCCAUGGAGCUGAUUGGCCAGCCUGCUGUUCUGUCAACGUCUAAUGCUGCUUCUGAACAAGAACUCAAGGAUGGUGGUUGUGCGUCUGUGGUGCAUUCAGAACUGGCAGCCAAGGUUUCAGUGGAGAAAAAGGAAAAUGCUUUGUCAUCAAAACCAGUAUCGGUGUCACAGGGUGGUCUUGUCUUACUUGCAGAAAGUGUAAAGAUUCCGCCUCCAUGUAGUGAACCAUCUGAGGCGACAAGAGCUCUGAGACAACUUGAAACGCUGAGUGAACGUGUGCAACAGGCAGCUAUUAAGGGCAUUCCAAUAUCUUCAUCUUUCUGCACCCUUCCUGACAAAUCUAUCAAAGUCACCAUUCAGCUACCGAAGAUCGAGCAGAAAAGCACUUCAAAAGACUGUUCUCUUUCAAAAGGAACCUCUGUUAAGUCUUCUUCAACUCUGGGGUCGUCUGUUACUCCUGGAAACCAUGACCAGACAACAACAAUUUCUGAGUCUGCAACAGUAGGAUCAGCUCUAGAAGGUAAACCCAUAUCAUCGGAAAUGCUGAAAGAACGAAUUCAAAAUCUCAUCAAUGCUAAUGCUGCCAUUGUUGACAUGCCAAUGGCUGAUCCUCCAAGACCAAAGGCUCGUGGACUGUCCAGACAAUACAGUGAUUUCUAUGUGUACAGCUGGAAACUCUCCGACUCAGAAUCCACAGAUGGCAGCAGUCCAAAGGUUCAAGUACCUCUGACACAAAUGAAAGUGGACAGUGAUGCACAGAUGGAGGAUAAUUCUAGUGCUUCAGACUCUGGAGAAGCUGCAAAAGCAAUUAGAUCUUUUCCUGGCAGGAGGGCCAUUCAGGAGAGACUUGCCCAAAAGAUAGCUGAUACCAACAGGAGAAGAAGCUUGUCAGAUGCCGAGGGAGAAAUAGCAAAAAUUAUACCUUCUAGUAUUGGGCCGGAAAUAAAAAUAAAAAUAAAACUUACUCCACAAAUGGCUAGUGAAAUGAGUGCAGCCAAUCCUUUACUUUGUAAGAGUCAGUCACCAAAAACGGAAGGGUCUGAAAUAUCUUCUGUGGUGACCAUGAAUACAUCAUCUGCCCUGAGAAUGCAGCUGUCGAACGUUCCACUACAGUCUAGUGUUACACAGAGUGUGGCUGUCAAGGGAGAAGCUUCUCAGAGCAGCAGUGUCAUUAAGGAUUUGCUUUCCAAAGGUGCAGCUAGUGGGACACUUGCAGCAGCAUCAAAAACUGGUGAACACAAGAAGGAGAUUCCUCGAGUCGAGGAGGUAGUAGAAAAAGAUCAGUGUGAUGACUUUGGUAAGGUACAGCCCGACUCCUCAGGACAUUCUGACGACUAUGGUUUAUUCCAUUGCAAUCAGUGUAAAGUGUCCUUCAAAAGGGCUCAGACUCUUCAAAUCCACACCAGGUUCUACUGUGUACAGAGGAGUCAGACUCAUUUAGAAAGAGACAUGGCUGGAUCGGAUGCUCAGGAAGCCUUUAUCAAAAUGGGAAAGGACAUCAUGCAGAAAUACUUCCCUGUAAACUCGCCCCCUCCACCUCUUUUGAGAUCUCGGUCCUGUCCUGCUCCUGCUGCCUUGAGCCUGGAAGAGUCUCCCGCUUCUAAAACUGGAUUGAUAUUUGAGAACAUUAAUGACCCGAGUAAACCCAGGAAGAAAGGAAGACCCAAAGGCUCUAAGAACAGACCAAAAGACCUUCACGUGAUGCCACAAGCAAAUUUUAUAUCCACCGUCAUAGCUAGUCCUGCUACGCCACAGACGCCCUCGCACUUCAAGAUACCAACUCCAUCUACACCGCUCACUCCUAGACUUGUUGCAGCAUCUCCAUCAGCUACUACUGAUUCUGCAAGCAUUUCCAUUCCAGCUACAACAAAGGUGGUUCUUCCUCUGACAUCACUGUCACCUCUAGUGUCAUGUCAGCUGACUCCAAAUCUGACCAGUCCCAUGUUGGAGUCGACCAUUGCCCCAACAGAAGUGCGACCAGUUCCCACUAGUCUCCAUGUGAAUAAGUUCUUCAGCAGUCUAGUAUCGAAACCAAACCCCAUAAUCCUGUCACCAGGAGGGGUGCUGAUUCAGGCUUCUCCUGCUGUACUCUCUCCCAUGAGUCCAUCUGCUACAGUUCUUAGUCCUUCCAGUAGCAUUCCACUGAUUGGACAGCAGAAAUCUGUUGCCAUGCCAAUGAUAGGCCAGCCAAUGGUGACAAUGGCCAGAACACCGGUUUCCACAACCUCGAUCCCUGCAAGCCCAACAACUCCGGUGACUCCACAGACUCCAACAGGAGACUCUGGUUCCAGUCUCUGGAAGAUGAAACUGAAGGGCAAACUUCUACUGAAACGAUCAAUGAGUGUGGAGAGAGUUACUCAGGACAAGGAUUUGGCUUCGGGGAAUGUUAUUGACCUAACCGACAGUGCAGGAAAGACUGCUGCAGGGAAGACUCCGUCUUCAGCUCCAGCAAGACAGCUCAGCUUUCCCGCGAGGACUACUGCGCCACAUUCUCCAGCUAAGAAAGUGUGUCCGGACAGAACAAGUGAGUCUGCAGCAGUCGUCUCUAAACAAUCUCCACUCAAUCUGCCUCAUCUGGUGAUGCUGACAGACAAACCAGAAGAAGAGAUAACAAAGAAUGUUAGCUCGCCCCCAAUCACUGUUCCAUCAGCCAUCAUUCCCAUGGAAACGUUCAACAUUCCAGUAGCGGUUGCUCAGCCGUUUUUUAUGAACUAUCAGAUUCCCAGUGCUGUGUACCACUCCCCUUCGGGUGGCAGGUUUCUGUCAAGGAUGAACAGUGCUCCGUUCGUACAGCAGUUGCGUUCCCUAACUGGAUCUUCUACCGUUGUCAAAACACCAGAGGUACAGAAGAAGAAGCUGACUGCCCCACUGCAGUACGAGAAAGGCCUUCAUUCAUCCACAACCAUGCAGCUCAGAGCAAAGCUUGCAGAGAAACGGCUGUCCAGUCAAACUAGCAAGGACGGCAGUAUCGAUGAAGGAAUGGAGAGUGAAGGAAAUAAACAGGUGCGGAAGGCGGUUGCUGAAGAAGAGGUUGUGACUGAGGGCACCGUUCUGCAGACUCUGGGCAAAGGAGGACAUGACAGGAAUGACGUAGCCGAACAGAGUUCAACGGGUGACCAGGAUAAAGAGGUCAUGAAGGCAAAGGAUGGAGAUGUUUCUCCUGCAACACCAAACAAAGAUGUCUUGAGCAAGACUGUCAUUUCUCUGCUCCUGUGCGGCCAUUCGUACCCUUCUCUGUGUGGCGCUACUCACAUAUCAUUCUGCUGCGUUCAGAAGCUGCAGCCCAUGUAUGUUCAAAUUGGCAAGAACAGGAAGAUCUCCAUGUACAGCAACUGGAGGGUUGCCUCUCACAAUCCUAAUCCGGAAGGUCUGACGUCGAAGAUGCUGCUCUCUCUGUACAAGUCUAACUACACGAGCAACCCAGUCGUGGGCGAGAGUGCGAUGAUGGAAACCUCUGAAGGAAUCCUGACACACAGCUCAUACUGGACGUACAAACGGAAACAGAAUGGAGAAGAGCAUAAGGUCACUGAUCCAUGCAGUAAAGUUGUAGAGGUUGUGGAUAAGAAUGAGGAUGGUGAGGAAAUGGAACAGUCCGUACCGGCAGAGCCGUCUGUAGCUGUGGAGAGCAAAGCUGGCGAAGAUAGGAAAGUGAAGGAAGUGAGAGUCGCGAAACGAAUCCAGAUCUGUCAGGGCGGCUACAAGACCAGCGAGGAUUAUGUUUACGUGAGAGGACGAGGAAGAGGUAAAUAUGUGUGCGAAACCUGCGGCAUUCGGUGCAAGAAGCCGAGCAUGCUGAAAAAACACAUUCGGACCCACACAGACUUCCGACCAUACAAUUGUCGGCAUUGUCGUUUCUCCUUCAAGACCAAGGGUAAUCUUACGAAACAUAUGAAGUCGAAGGCUCACCAAAAGAAGUGUCUGGAGAUCGGUGUCAUUCCUGUCCCGAUAAGCAUCGACGAAACACAGAUUGACAAUGAGGCUUUGGCUGCUCAGUGUGCCAUAGCCAACGACGCCAGAAUUGCAGACGCUGAAAUGUUUCCAACGUUUCCGCCCGAGACCGAAGAAGACAACGAUGAUGGUGAUGAUGACGAAGAGGAGGAUGAAGAGGAUGAAGAGCUUGAUGAGGGAGAUAACUCUGGUGUACAAGAGACUACAGUAGAAAAUACUGAUGUUGUGAGUAAGGACCUUGAGAUGACUUGCUUAUCUCCAGACAAAACUGACAACAAGACAUCUUCACCGGUGUUUGUGGCACUUCAAGUUUCUGAUAGCAGCCAACCAGCAUUGGUUCCCAUAGCAACACCUGCUUCCAGGCCAGACAGUUUAUUUUCCUUCACGAAGAUGUCGUCUGCUCGGAGAACGGAAUCAGAAAAGUCGAUGGCUUCUCGAAACAUCGACACAGAAAUAGCACACAGUCUGCUGGACUUGUCCAAAAAAGCAGAGAAGGGAGAAUCUACAUCGACGGAUCUGACCCUGGCAGAAGGGCAGAGAGGAAUCACUCGCCUUGACAGCCUGAUCGGAGCGUUAAUGUCAAGGACGAAGCCUCUCUCUGGUUUGAAGCCCCAGGAGGACGGGUCUAUGUUGAUGAUGAAGAUAUCUCAGGCCAGUGACUCCGAGACCAAGGCAUCCACAUCCGUAGAGGUUCAUGCGGCAGAUAAUUUUGUCUUCGCCAUGGUUUCACUACCACCGGACUCGGAGAACCAGUCUACCACCGUGGGUGUACCAGUCAUGCUGACGUCGCCAGCGACGCCGGGGCUACAGGGCAGCUUCAUCAACCCGUCUCUGAUAGCCUUCCUCCCGCCGUAUGCCACGGUCCCGUUGUCGCGGCAACUUGCCACGCACGGACCAAUCAUCGGACAGAUGAUUCUUCAGGAUCCUGUGGUUCCAAGCGAAAAGGUCCCGACACUUCCGCAGAUCUUGUUACCGAACUUCGUUCCAGUAUCAUCAACAUCAUCAUCAUCAGUGUCAACAUCAUCAUCAUCGUCAUCAUCAUCAUCAUCGUCAGUUAUUGUUCCCGUAUCUCACCCUUGGACCGUCGGAUCUUUGCCAUUCCAGUUCUCUCAUCCCUUCGGUGGCAUUCUGACGCCCACACCGACGGAAAGUCUACCAGAACAGACGUUUGCUGCACUGAAAACCGCGUCCGAUUCGCCGUUGGGUCACACGAUCGUCCUGACGUCUGCCACCGACAAAACUGGCGUUGCGUCCCUCGUCAAAGACGGAUCAAGCGGCGAUUCAACCGAUUCGCAGUCGAAACUGGCACCAUUUCGUAAUGAGGAUGGGCAGAUGGUUUAUAUUUACCCCGUUCCGGGAUCGGGGAACACUUCGCUUACGUCGCCUGGCAUGGUGCUCAAAGAAGGGGCCAUAAUCCUGAGCCCAACAGAGGGCGCCGCUGCCAACCCUCAGCAGCAGAUCGUGUAUCUGAUAGGAGACGUGACGAAUGCAGCGACAACUGUGGCGGAGAAGAAAGGAAUGUACACCUGUAAUCUAUGUGACACCUCCUUUGAUCAGAAUUACCUGCUGAUGCUACACAGACUAAAUGUGCAUCAGAAUACCUUACAAUGCUGCGUCUGUCACGAAGACUUCAGCUCGGAGGAACUUCUCCACAAGCACCAGUCUAGCACUGGUCACAAGACACCUCAGGAGACCAAGAACCAGUCGACUGCCCUGGAAAACAAGUCGACUGCCCUGGAGAAACGCAAGACAUUCCCGUGUUCCUUCUGUGAUAUCAUGUUCCAGCAGCGAGUGCUGCUCACCAAGCACUUGAGAUCCAAACUGCAUGUCACGACCCUCGAAAGACUUGGCAUGUUGCCAGCUGGAACGUUUCAGACUCUCGAAUCUGCGAAAGAAGCGAACGACUCACAGAAAAAUUCAUCACCGGACGCGCACGAAACGUCGGGAGGUGAUCUGGUCAUAAACGUUGAGAUGCAGGAAAGCGUUGUUUCGGAAGAAGACGGUAAAGGCGACAAUAUUGGCAAAUGUGGAGCUCCAACGAAACGCAAUGUGCAGAGUCCGUUUAAGGGACAAUUCCAGGUUCAUCAGAGUCUGGACUACGAAAAACACGACUCGGCGUCGAACGAGCACGUGACUGUUGAAAUCAACCAGAAACCCAUCGAUCUCUUCGACAUUAGGGACAUCGACACUAAUGUCGAUAAUGACGAGCAAGAAAAUCCCGCUGUGUCGUUUUGCUACAAGUUGUCGCCAAACGUCAAAAUCGGCAAAGGUGAGAUGACGACGAAAACGACGGAAUCGUCAGUGAGAAUCAGUUCUCGUAUCUCGACGAACGUGACGUCUGCUCCAUCGCUCGAAUAUCUGCUCACUUCAGCAGCAUUUUCUCAGAUAAAGACUCAAAGCAUCGGCGGGGUUGAUGAGAUGGCAGCGGUGAGUGCAAAUGAACAAAAGACUGAGUCACCUGCAGUGGCAUCGGGGAACGCCCCGUCGGAACAUUCAACAGACGGUCAGGUAUUUCUGCCGAACGUGUCGGAAGGGGCGCACAAAUGCGGCAUUUGUCGAACCAGUUUUAAAGGUCUCGACCAAUUGAAGUCACACCUGAUCACCCAUGCGGAACUGCGACCCUACGUGUGCGAGUACUGUGACGCGGGAUUCACCAACGCCCAUUCGCUCAGUUCUCAUCUGCAAACUCACAAACUGUUUGAGCCAUUCUCCAUGACACACGAGCGGCCGUAUAUUUGUGGACUCUGUGGAGACACAUUUGCAGAAGCGGGCGACUUGAAAGCUCACCAUGCGACCCAUUCGCGACCCCUGAGACACGGGCUCAAGUCUUCCCAGAAUUCUUUGUGUUGUGAUGACUCUAGCACAGCUCCGUCACUCUCGGAAAGCAAAGAUUGGCCAGUGGACGACGGAUCUUCAAGUAAUAUGCCUGGAGAAGUGAAAACAGAAGUUUCACAAACUGCGUCGGAAUCUAAAAUUAGAUCUUUGAGUAAUCUAUCUGGAGAAGUGAAAAUGGAACUUUCACAAACUGAGUUGGAAUCUAAAGUUAGAUCUUCGAGUAAUCUAUCUGGAGAAGUGAAAAAGGAACUUUGGAAAACUGCAUCGGAAUCUAAAAUUAGUUUACGUGUAGAGAAAUCUUUCAGUGCGGAAUUGUGUGAAGGAAAUUCAUCUUCACAGAUGGAUUUAAAGCCGAAUGAUUCAUUCAUACAGCCAGACAGUGACAUUUUGUCUUGUAAAACAGAAACGGGUGUCAAAAAUGUGACAUCUGCAAAUAAUAAUCCUCAAACAGCAGAUGACAUUUCCAAUGCAGACUCUUCACAAAUAGAAGGGGAUAAUAACUCAAACAUUUUAGAAAUAAAGGGAGAUGACUCAUCCAGCUACACAAUUAUCAUUCAACAAAAUUUCGACAGUUUUGAAAUGGAUGGCAUGCAAACAAAGGGAGGUAACUCCACUUUUUCCGAGACUGGUACAGUGGUGCCCCCAACCUUGAGUUCAGAAUCGGUGAUUAACAUAAAACAAGAGAAAGAAAAGAGAGAAAAAGAGAAGACAGGUACUCAGUGUGAUGUGCACAAUAAUGCUGUACAGACUGAGUCACUGAGGACAAGUUUCAAAAGUGAUAAUUCUGAAAGUCGAACUGUGGUCGCAACAGAGCAGUCUGAAAUUUUAAAUAACCCUGUUAAAAAGCCAGAUGAAAAUAGUGAUACUUAAUUAUUGGUAUAUACAACAAACUUCGUACUACUAGUACUUGGGGUGGGACGUAGCCCAGUGGUAGAGCACUCGCUUGAUGCACGAUCGGUGGACCCAUUGGGCUAUUUCUCAUUCCAGCCAGUUCACCACGACUGGUAUAUCAAAGGCUGUGGUAUGUACUAUCCUGUCUGUUCGGAUGGUGCAUAUAAAAGAUCCCUUGCUACUAAUGAAACAAAUGUAGCACGUUUCCUCUCUCAGACUGGGCCCACCAACAGGGAUCGAUUCUAAACCAACAGUGUGUUAGGCCAGUGCUUGACGACUGGGCUAAAUGAAAAAAGUAGAAGGUUUCGACUGAAGACCACAUUUCCGAAUUUAUCAUAUGUUUGACAUCCAAUAGCUGUUCAGUGGGUAAUGGAAUCAAUCAGUACCUCAUAACUGGUAUGUCAAAGGCUGUGGUAUGUACUGUCCUGCCUAUGAAAUAAUUUAGAUAAAACAUCCCAUGCUGCUUUUGUUUGGUAGUCCAAAUUAUGCAUACCUGUUGUGUGGCAUUGGUUAGGUUUUGCUGAAUUAUGUAAUCAUAUUUAAUAAUGACCAGUUCAUUUGUUUGUUAAACCAAUACCCAAUAAAAUGGCAGCAAGUUUAUUGGUUGAGUAUUACCCAAUCAAAUGACAGUAAUUUCACUGGCUAUAGUAACCGUCAACCAAUCAAAUAAUAGGUUACUGAUUUGUAAUAUUUUCUCAAUGAGAAAUUAUGAAAAAACAUAGGUUUUGUUUGAUGACUGGGUAAAUAAACAACACUGUUCUUAAAAACAAAACAAAUGCAAAUAUUUUAAU